AUGGAAGGUCGGGCUGGCGGCCAUUUCCACCCCCAAUGCCGCCUUGGACUUGGCGAGACUCGUGAAUGCCGUCAACCCACGCGUGCUCGUGGUGGGCGCCAAGUUGGCGAACAACUUGAGGGACGACGACAUCCCGUUUCACCUGCAAACCAAGAUCGAGAUCAAGGAUGUGACCAACGAUCCCGGCGUGGUGGAUGGGGUGAGUCUGAUGAAAGUCCUCAUAGGAAAAGUGCAGUUCUACGAGAUGAAAGCGCCCAACAGAAGAGUAAACGACUGUACGACAAGUUUCGGGUCACGUACGAAUGGGACGGCGAGGACCUGCGCAUGCUGGCCAAGGACUUGAACGACAUCGCCUUGACGACCGGCAUGUCGUUCGUGCAAUGGCAUGUGCAUGUCAGCUUCGCCAAGUUGAUGGGGUGGCUGGUGGAGACGGGGAAGGACAAGUACACCUUGGGACCCAAUCUCCGUUACGAACUCCUUUACAAGACGCAGCAGGCGGGGAAUUAUUACAAAGAUGUCAAGAACACGGAGCUGGACAACCACGACCUUUGGAAAAUAGAAAGCGACCUCUUGCAGUUGAGUCAGGUCAUCAAUUGGCGUUUCGUCAACUUGAACGUGGCUUUCCGAGAGGUGGUGGGUGAACCCUCGCGCACCUUCCUGGUCUACUCGGACCUGGUGGACAGCAAUAUCGUCGGCGGCCAACAGCAUGCCAUGGUGCGCGAAGUGGAGUACCGGCGCCAAGGCAAAGGCGUGGCGUACUACGAACCCGUGCACAUUCAGUGGUUACCGUGUCGGCGCGAGUACAUGGACACCGUGGAGGUGGAAAUCGCCGAGAGUCACGGGGGUCUGGUCAAGUUCGGUGGGGGACGCACCCUGAUCACCUUCGUCUUUCAACGAGACGUAUAA